AUGGUGGAGGUGGAGAUCCAUGAUCGACAAUUUAACCACCCGUACACGCCGUACGACGUGCAAGUCCGUUUGAUGGAGGCCAUCUACGAUACCAUGGCCGGUGGAUUCAAGGUGGGCAUCUUCGAGAGUCCCACGGGAACGGGUAAGACACUGUCUAUCAUAUGUUCCACUAUGACGUGGUUACGCGAGCAGAAACAACGCGCAAACGCUAUUUUGGAGGACGAUGACGAUGAUGAGCCCGAAUGGAUUCGCAAAGCGUACCGUGACAAGAUCAUUGGCCGUAUGGUUGCUGAUGCCCAGGCGUACGAGCGACAUUUGGACGAGCUAGCCAAGACCGAUGGCAAGCAGAUCGUGACACAGUUGGAGGAGGCCUCGCAUGUUAAUAAACACAGAAAGAUCACCAAGGAUGAAGACCUGGUGCCGGAGGAUUACUACGAGGACGAAUCGCUCGAAGACAGAAACACAAAGAUUAACAACGAGAUCAAGCAGUUGAUGGCCAAAGUGGAGGGAAAGACAGGCUCGCACGACAAGGCGUCUCAAUUAAACCAUAUCAGCUCGAAAGUCUAUUUUUCGUCGCGUACACACUCGCAAUUGAGCCAGUUUGCCCAGCAACUAAGACUCACGCAUUUUCCGUCUUCGCUGGAAGGAGUUGAUGAAAAGACAAAGUAUCUGGCCCUUGGGUCGCGACGCCAGCUGUGCAUUAACGAGAAGGUGAGCUCUUUGAAGGACGUGCAACAAAUUAACGAAGCGUGUUUGGAUCUUCAGCGGAAGAAGGACGGAGAAAAAGGGUGUCAGUUUAUGCCCAAAGAUGACGAAUUGACCACGCAGUUUCGAGACCUCAGUUUCUCGGCUAUUCACGAUAUCGAAGAGCUGCACGAUAUCGGGUCUCACUACAAAGUUUGUCCGUACUACGGGUCACGUAAAGGAUUCGAGGUUGCAGAAAUAGUCUCGCUACCUUACCAACUAUUACUCCAAAAGACUACGCGACAGGUGCUGGGGAUCGAUCUCAGAGACAGCAUUGUUGUGAUCGACGAGGCACAUAAUUUAUUAGACACCAUUUCAUCGAUGAACUCGGCGCAGAUCUCGCUGUCUGAGCUGUUGGAAGUUCGCAAAGCAUUGAGGAAUUACACCACAAAGUUUUCAGCCAGACUGAACGCCGGGAACCGGAUCAAUCUUGCGAAAUUGUCCAAGAUGAUUACUAUUCUGGCCAAGUUCCUGCUGAGAGGCGAAGGGAAGAAAACUCCAGGGACGGAAAUCGACGUGACUGGGAUAUUUGACGAUACUACAGGAGACCUUUUGAAUUUUCACUCGUUGGAAACGUAUCUGACAAAGAGUAAGAUCGCAUACAAGGUUGAGAGCUACAUGGAGCAGACUCAAGAAGGGUACAAGUCAGGAACACCUAUUCUGUUCAAGAUCCGGUCGUUUCUCGAGUGUUUGUCAAACCCGUCCAAGAGCGGUAAGUUGUUCUACGACCGCGAUUCCAAUAACGGUGUUGCAUUGAAGUAUCUUCUACUAGACCCGAGCGAGGCUUUCAGAGACGUUGUUGAGGAGUGCAAGUGUGUGAUUCUUGCUGGAGGAACGAUGGAGCCUGUUGCUGAUUUCACAAACUUUCUGGUGCCGUACAUUGACGAAAAACGGAUCAAGCACUUCAACUGUGAUCAUAUCAUCCCGGCCUCUAAUCUGGACGUGUAUCCAGUCACGAAUAAUGCAAGAGUCGAGUUUGAGUUUUCGUUCGAUAAGCGGAACGAUAAGCGAAUGAUCAGCUCUUUGGGAGACACUAUUCUGCAACUGAUCAAGGUUGUUCCCGACGGAAUGGUGGUGUUCUUCCCCAGCUACAAAUACCUUGACCAGCUGGUCGACUCGUGGAAACAGAGCGGGCUUUACGAGCGAGUUGCACGGGUCAAACCUAUUUACACAGAGCCACGCGAGAGUACUGUUGAUCGCGUUUUGCAGGAGUAUUCAAGCAGCAUUGCUCAGAAGAUGGGUGCUGUUCUGUUUGCUGUUGUUGGUGGCAAGAUGUCUGAGGGAAUCAAUUUCUCUGACGAGCUGGCCAGAGCCGUGAUGAUGGUGGGACUACCGUUUCCAAAUCUGAUGAGCGGAGACCUAAUAGCCAAGAGAAAGUACGUGGAGACGGCUACCUUGGAGCGAGGUGGCACACAGCAGGAGGCCGUUGCAAACGCACGGGACUUUUACGAGAACAUCUGCAUGAAAGCUGUGAAUCAGAGUGUUGGUCGUGCUAUCAGAAACAUAAAGGACUACUCGGUGAUAUAUCUGGUGGAUGUUCGAUACGAGCGACCAAACAUCCAAUCGAAACUGUCGAGUUGGAUCAGAAAACGUCUGGAGACCGGUGGGGAAGUUUCCAGUGUGGUUGGCAAGACACGGCGCUUUUUUGCCGCCAAAUAA